UCGACAUUGAGCCCAAAGUAUUAGCAGCUAGUAGCACUUCAUUUUUGGCAUCAAUAAAUAUUAAAUCCUCUGAGCAGCAGCUGGGAUAUGGAAAAGGAUAUUCUUGUGUAGGUACAAUUAUCUCACAGCGUAUUGUUAUAUCAGGAGCUAGUUGCCUUUCUAAUAGCACUUCAAUGCCUGCAAUUUAUCGUCCACCAAGUUGGUAUUCGGUUGUUGUGGGAUUUGCAAAUUCAAUUUCUUCACAAAUGUUGCAAUACAAUGUCUUAAAAAUAUUACCACAUGAAGCAUUUAAUGUUACAUCAUUGCUUAAUGAUAUUGGGUUACUAUUACUGAGCGGUAGCAUUCCAACGAGUUGGUCAACAGCUAAAGCUAUUCCAUUAAAUACCUUAUCUAUAGCAGAUUACACACAAUGCACAGCUACUGGUUAUACGAUCUCAAGUAGCUCAGGUAUUUAUAACCCUGUCUCAACAAGUCUUCCUGUACUUAGCAAUUCCGUUUGCUCAUAUAGUUUUUCGAAAGUACAGUAUUUUAGCACUUUGCCAAGCUCUAUGCUUUGUGCUGGCUACAACUUAUAUGGCAAUGUCAAUUCUUGUCAAGGUUACGCUGGAGCACCCUUAAUUUGUAAUAAUCAAUUAGCUGGCAUAGUGUCGUGGGGUAAUGGAUGUAAUCUGGUCGGACCAUUUCCUGGUGUUUUUACAAACGUUUCUUAUUACCAAGAAUGGAUUGAAGCAGGCAUUGCACAAUUAUUAACAACUACUACAACAACUUCAACUACAACUUCUACUACAACUCCUACUACAACUCCUAUCACAACUUCAACUACAACUUCUACUACAACUCCUACUACAACUCCUACCACAACUUCUAUUACUACUCCUACCACAACUACUAUUACAACUCCUACUACAACUCCUACCACAACUCCUACUACAACUCCUACCACAACUUCUACUGUUACUAUUCCAAUUACUACAACUGCUACUCCUACUGAUAGUACAACAGACUCCACAACAAUAGAAACAACUUCCACUAUAAGCGACCCAAUUACUAAAAACUCGACAACUGUAGACCCGACAACUACAGAUCCAACAACUACAGAUCCAACAACUACAGCAGAUCCCACCACAACGGUUUCUACUACAGUUAGUUCUACGAGCACGACUGCUACAACUGCUUCCACAGUUACAGUGUUCACUACAAAUAAACCACAUGAUGAAGGUACUACUAAAAGAGAUGAAUUGAGCACUCCUGGUGGUGUUAUAAAUGAUGAUCAUGGUGGUGGCAGCACAAGUAUAUGGCAACAAACAAAAGUUUUUAUGUAUCUGAGCUCUAUUUUUUUAUUCUUCUUUAAUGUAAUUCUAUAAAGCUAGAACUAAUAGAUAUUUUUAAAGCUUAUGGAAUGUUAUCAUAUGUAGUAUGUGUUUAGAUCUGAUAUGAAGAUUAUACAUAUAUAUUUAUUAUUGUAAAGAGAAUGUUAAGAUA